UUCGUCAAACGUUGCACUUUUUAUUGUAUGUAAAUAAAAACUUAACUUUUGCCCGGACUUGAUUUAGAAUCUAUUAAUUCUUAAAGAAAAAUGUCGUCAUUAGUGCAAAAGUGUAACGACGACAACAUUCCAUUAGCUGAUGAUGAUCCGCAAGUGAUUAUUACAGACGACGUGGAGAACAAUCAUUUAGAUCAUGGUCGUUCAAUGGACUCGUUGCCUAGUUCGUACACUGGCGGUUCUUCUAGCCCUGGCCUGAAUGGGCCGCAGAGUUUUGAGCCCGACUCGGGGUUAGAUGAACAGGAAGAGAAGGCGCGGUUGAUAUCGCAGGUGUUGGAGCUACAGAACACUUUAGAUGAUCUGUCACAGAGAGUGGACUCGGUAAAGGAAGAGAAUUUGAAGCUGCGCUCGGAAAACCAAGUGUUGGGGCAGUAUAUUGAAAAUCUCAUGUCAGCAUCCUCAGUAUUCCAAUCCACUACUCCUAAUGUUCAUAAGAAGUAAAUAAGCUUGAAAUCUAUAGGUAUGCACUUUAAAUAGU